ACUGAUUGGGUCAUGCUGAAAACAUUCCUGUCCUAUGAAGCAAGUCUGUUUGUAUUUCAGGUUUGCCAGGACUAAUGAAUUAAAAAUCUUGGGCUCACCACAGUUUGCUGCUUAAUAAUGCCUGUGACAGAAGGAUUUUUUCCUCCCUGAAGCGUGACAGCAUCAUAAUCCUUUGUCACUUGCAAGGAGAGGAAGGAAAAGCAGAAUUGUGGAGAAAAGCGGAAAAGGGUGAUCUUUUGGGACAGCAAAGCCUAUGGGAAGUGCAGGUAGCAGCAUGUUGCCCUGACAGCUGUCUCAGCUUCUCAGACCUUGUCAGUUCGUUGCUAUGCAGCAGGUGCAGCCUUUUCUUUUAUUGAAGCUUUACUCCAUAAAGGCAACGACAAGCCAAGGCAGUGGCUGGCCCUGGAUUAUACAAGUGCAGACACUCCGCUAAGUGAGGGUUUCAUCUCAGUAAAACCACCUUUUGUAAUUGAUGGUCUCAGAAGAAAGACGGAGGACGGAAUAAGGUCCCGAUCCGGGAGCCAAACCCAUGCAGACAGACCCCUACACCUGCACAGACUUCCACUGAAAAAUCACCACCAAGCUGGAACAAACAAGUAAAAGCAUUGACUCAAGUGCCCACAUGAUCACUACCGCCAGGGUACCUGCUGAUAAGCAAGUACGAAUUGCCUUCAGCCUGAAUGACUCCCCAGAUGAUGCUGCCCCUGAAAACUUGUCUUUGGCAUUUCCAGAACUAGAUCAGCAGCUGCAGCCUCUGCCUCCUUGCAACGAGUCUAAGGAAUCUAUGCAGGUGUAUAAACAGCACUGCAAAAUAGCAGAAGAGUACCAUGAAGUCAAGAAAGAAAUUGCUCUGCUGGAAGAAAGAAAAAAGGAGCUGAUUGCCAGGCUGGAACAAGUGGAAAAAGAAAGCAUGGAUGCUGCUCAGCUGGCUAAGGAGUACGCAGAACUGACAGAGGAGAACCGAACACUGAAGCUGGCCCAGACGCAGUGCGUGGAGCAACUGGAAAAGCUCAGAAUACAGUAUCAAAAAAGACAGGGUUCCUCAUAACUCCCAACUGGCUUGUGUGAGGCAGUUCAUAAAUGGUUGGUCCUGUGCUGGAAAGAGAUUUUAAAAUAAGGAUCUGUUUAAUAUGUUAUAAUACUUUACUACAGAUACGGAGUAUGUAGAAGUCUAUAUUUGAUUCAAUGCUUGCCAGCCAGUAACUUAAUAUAAUGGAUAUUUUAUCCAUUAUAUAAUGGAUAUUUUAUUUCAAGUAACAUAAUUGAAGUUAAUCUAUCUCCAUUAUAUGUUCUACUAGAUCAAGUUUCUUUUCUAAACAUAUUUCUUCCAAUUUAAGAAGAUAUGGACACACUAGAAAAUGGUAUAAAUAGUUCCUGUGUUGGAAAUUUGGAUCAUACUAAGGCAUACAGCAGGGACAAUGUUAGUAUAUGGAAUACAUGUAUGUUAAAUUUAGUUUGGUGAAGAUUUUUUUUGAAUUAUUUUCCUCAUGCCUGAAGUGUUUGGAAGUUAUCUUAAAACAGAUCUCCUC